AUGACUUUACGAAAACCCAGCAAGUAUGGGACUAAAUUCAGAUCGAGCUCGGCAUCCUUCAAUCCAAAGCGCGCGAAAACCAUCGGAUCCUCUUCCCUUAGAUCAACCGAAGCGACAUCGCAAGAUGAGAAGUACCAGGCAGUUAGGCUGGCAAACAGCAUUGACGAGACAAUGGGGUUCCCCAGGUUCGAAUCUGGAAAACCAAGGACUGGUUGGCUAAUUAACAUGCACAGCACCAUAAUAGAGGACCCAAAGGUGCCUGGAGGACGGGCUGGUGUUGAAUACUACUUCCUGGAAGACAAUGGGACCAGUUUCAAAGCCACAAUCGAAUAUGAUCCGUACUUCUUGAUCGCGACGAAGAGAGGUCAUGAGAUUGAGGUAGAGGAAUGGUGCAAAAGGAUGUUCGAAGGCAUGGUGAAAAGCGUUAAGCUGGUUGAGAAGGAAGAUCUCCAGAUGCCGAAUCAUCUCCUCGGUCACAAGCGGAGGUUCCUGCAACUUAGCUUUGCUAAUGUUGGAGACUUGCUGGGAGUCCGUAAAUCGAUAUUACCACUUGCGCAAAAAAAUAAGAAGAAUGUGAAUUCCAUGGACACAUACGCGGAGAUGGCUAGCGCAAAUGUUGGAUUUGACCUUUUCGACGAAGAAGUUAAUGAUAAACCUCAAAAUGCAUUUAUAGAUGCUGGCGAGUAUAUUGUUGACAUUCGAGAGUAUGAUGUUCCCUAUCACGUUCGAGUUUCUAUUGAUAAAGAUAUUCGGAUCGGAAAGUGGUAUACAGUCCAGUCGAAGAACGGGGUAAUUUCUUUAAGCUGUAUUGAGGACCGGCUUACGCGAGCGGACCCUGUUGUGUUAGCUUAUGACAUUGAGACGACCAAGCUACCUCUGAAAUUCCCUGAUGCGGUUAUCGACCAGAUAAUGAUGAUAUCGUACAUGAUUGACAGACAAGGGUAUCUCAUAACGAAUAGGGAAAUCGUGUCUGAAGAUAUUGACGAUUUCGAGUAUACGCCGAAGCCCGAGUACGAUGGCCCGUUUACUAUAUUUAAUGAACCAGAUGAAAAGAGGGUUAUCGAACGCUUCUUUGCUCAUAUUAAGGAGGUGAAACCUACUGUAAUUGCAACUUACAACGGUGACUUCUUUGACUGGCCGUUUGUUGAGGCUCGAGCUAGCGUGCAAGGGAUUGACAUGUAUGCUGAAAUUGGGUUUCGGAAGAAUAGUGAGGAUAUCUACCAAAGCAACUAUUGCGUUCAUAUGGAUUGCUUUGCAUGGGUCAAUCGAGACAGCUACCUCCCUCAAGGAAGUCGAGGUCUUAAAGCCGUCACUGUGGCGAAAUUGGGCUAUGAUCCCGACGAGCUUGACCCAGAGGUCAUGACAAGAUACGCGAGCGAACGCCCCCAGACGUUAGCUGAAUAUUCCGUUUCCGAUGCCGUGGCAACAUAUUACCUCUACAUGAAAUACAUCCAUCCUUUUAUUUUCUCUCUCUGUACGAUUAUUCCUCUUAACCCCGACGACGUCCUCCGUAAAGGCACCGGAACCCUCUGUGAGAUGUUACUUAUGGUUCAAGCAUACAGAGGGAACAUCAUUUUGCCAAACAAACAGACAGAGCCUCCCGAAGCGUUCUGGAACGGCCAUUUGUUGGAUUCUCAAACUUAUGUCGGAGGUCAUGUGGAAAGUAUUGAAGCCGGCGUUUUCAGGAGCGAUAUUCCAGUCAAUUUCACCAUCGAGCCAGCUGCAAUUGAGGAGCUUCUUCGAGAUCUUGAUGCCGCUUUGCAAUUUAGUAUCGUUGUGGAGGAGAAAAAGUCUCUUGAUGAUGUUACUAAUUAUGAUCAGGUUAAAUCUCAAAUUAUAGAAAAGUUGCUCAAUCUAAAGGAGACGCCGAAUAGGAACGAGAGACCAUCGAUAUACCAUUUGGACGUUGCAUCCAUGUAUCCUAACAUCAUGACCACCAACCGCCUUCAGCCAGACUCUAUGAUCCAGGAGUCUGACUGUGCGGCGUGUGAUUUUAAUCGACCAGGGAAAACAUGCGAUAGACGUAUGCCUUGGUCUUGGAGAGGUGAAUAUAUUCCCGCAAAGCGGGAUGAAUAUAAUAUGAUUCGACGCGCUGUGACAAACGAGAAAUUCCCGGGUAAAACAAAAAAGAGCCCAAUGAGGGGGUUUGAAGAACUGACCACGAGCGAACAAGCUGCCAUUGUGAAGAAGCGGUUGCAGGACUACAGCAAAAAGAUAUACCACAGAUUAUACGAAAGCAAAACCAUUCAGCGGGAAGCCAUCAUCUGUCAGCGGGAAAAUCCCUUUUACGUUGAUACAGUUCGAAAUUUUAGAGACCGGCGUUAUGACUUUAAAGGUCAACAGAAAGUUUGGAAGGGCAAGGCCGACACGCUAAAGGCUGCUGGAGCUCCCGCAGUUGAAGUUGAGGAGGCCAAAAAAAUGAUUAUCCUUUUUGAUUCCCUCCAACUGGCACACAAGGUCAUUUUGAACAGCUUUUAUGGAUAUGUUAUGCGAAAAGGUUCACGCUGGUACUCAAUGGAAAUGGCAGGCGUGACAUGUCUUACUGGCGCCCAUAUUAUCCAGAUGGCCAGGGAAUUAAUAGAACGGAUUGGCCGCCCAUUGGAACUCGACACCGAUGGCAUUUGGUGUAUGCUUCCAGGAACGUUUCCUGAAAAUUUCGCCUUCACUUUAAAAAAUGGGAAAAAAUUGCCAAUCUCAUACCCUUGCGUCAUGCUCAACCAUCUGGUUCACGGACGAUUUACCAAUCACCAAUACCAAACGCUCGCGGACCCGAAAACUUUCAGAUACGAGACGCAUAGCGACAACUCUAUCUUUUUCGAGGUGGACGGUCCUUACAGAGCUAUGAUCCUUCCAACAUCGAAAGAGGAAAACAAGAAUCUUAAGAAACGAUACGCCGUUUUUAAUCAUGACGGUUCUCUUGCUGAACUUAAAGGUUUCGAGGUCAAACGAAGAGGAGAGCUGAAACUGAUCAAGAUCUUCCAAACCCAGAUUUUCAAGUUCUUCCUGGAAGGCACGACUCUUGCUGAAACCUAUGCGGCUGUAGCUGAGGUUGCGAAUAGAUGGCUUGAUGUUCUACAUAUGCACGGAACAACCUUGGCGGACGAGGAACUCAUCGACUUAAUUUGCGAAAACAGAAAUAUGUCCAAAACAUUGGAGGAAUAUGGCAACCAAAAAUCUACGUCAAUCACCACCGCGAAAAGACUUGCAGGGUUUUUGGGAGAUCAGAUGGUGAAAGACAAAGGUCUGAACUGCAAAUAUAUCAUAUCUGCAAAGCCAAAGAAUUCUCCUAUUACUGACCGCGCCGUACCUGUGGCGAUAUUUUCCGCCGAGUAUAACGUUAAACGUUUCUUCCUACGGAAAUGGUUAAAGGAUGAUCCUGGAGAUAUGGACCCGCGCACGAUCAUUGACUGGGACUAUUAUCUUGAACGAUUAGGCUCUGUGAUUCAAAAGCUCAUAACCAUUCCUGCUGCUCUCCAAAAAGUCCGAAAUCCCGUUCCACGAAUACCUCAUCCAGAGUGGCUCCAACGACGAAUAAAUAUCAAAGACGACAAGUUGAAACAAAAGAAGAUGACUGACUUGUUCGACAAAACCCCGUUAUCUGAUCUACCGACCAACAUAAUGGAUCAUCGUUUACCGGCCAGCGGAUAUAUUGAAGAUAUCGUCUCGCAGUCGGCACAAAAACAUAAGCAAAACGCAGUUAAUAAGAGUGGACAAAAGAGAAAAGUACCUGAGAACUCAACAAGCCAAGUGGACCCAUUCGCUAGCCUUCCAACGACAAUGCCAUCCAUUACUGAAGACUACGAAGAAUGGUUGAAGUAUCAAAAACAGAAAUGGAAAAUCCAAAAACAGGCUCGAAUCCGCCGGCGAAAGCUCUUUGGUGAGAGAACGAGCACGACCACUAACGCGAUUGGUAACUUCUUCCGGAACCAGGCUGAACUUGUUUAUGUUAAAACAUGGCAAAUCUUGCAGCUCAAAGAAACUGAUAUCCCUGGCGAAGUUAGAAUGUUUGUGCUCAUUGACCACAAGAUACACGCGCUUACAAUCAAGGUGCCACGGCACAUCUUCAUUAACCUAAAGCGUGAUGACCUUCCUGAUGUCGAUUUGGCUGGUUGUUCUGUGGAAAAAGUCAACCAUUCGUUACCCAAUGGUCACCCAUCUGUCCAUUUAUUCAAAAUAACUAUGCCAGAAGACACUUAUCUGAAAGAAGCUGACAAAAUUUCUAUAUUGUUAAACCAUCCGAGUGUCGAAGGAGUCUAUGAGAAGAAGGUCCCUUUGAGCAUUCGGGCUGUUUUAAAACUUGGCACACUUUGUACCUUCGAUGAGACUCAACGGGGAGUUUUGGGAGAAGGUCUUGAAAAUGGGUUCGAACUUUCGACACUUUUGCGCGCGGAACAACCAACGCAAAAGUACUUGGUGGACCCUUCUUUGGAGUAUAUAUUUCUCUACCACGUUGUCUCUGGUGACAGACAAGUUUUCACUCUUUGCUCGAGCCGGAAUGAGGAAGCCCAUAUUGUGAUUCUUACACGGCUGAGAGAGGUGCAAGGUUUUCCGAACGUCGAUAAGAUAUACAGGGAAGCGCUCGAGAAGAAAAUCGAGGAGCAUGCGGGCGAAUCUUGGCAACAGAUCUUCGACUAUCAAGAUAAUAUCCAUUUCAAGAUAACUCAAGUAACGACGAGGAGGAAGGCCCUCCUUGAGGUUGGCGAUCUAAUCAAGAAAUUCCGAAACGAAAGCAAUCAGGCAAUUAUGCUGGUCGUUCAGUCUCCCCAAAGGCGCCAAUUGAUGCAGGAGAUACCGAUAAUCAAAGAACAUCCGGUUCUUCCUCUAAGAUCCGAGGCAUCAGAUAACGAUCUGCCCCCUCUCGGCUGGCAAUCCUUUGUUGCGAAGCAAAUAGUAAUGCACUAUUUAGCUCUGGACUCAUGGCUAUUCCAUCUUGGUGAACUAGCAAGAUAUGGCGAUGUGCCUAUCUGCAAUUUAGAAAAGGACGAUCCCAAGUAUUUGAUUGAUAUUGCAUACGCAAGACGGCUGGAACAAAAUAAAAUAGUCCUAUGGUGGUCUCCUUCACCCCUCCCGGACCAUGCCGGUUAUGAAAAGGAUGACAUCCUUGGACCGAUGCAGAAGGUGGAUAUGCCCUCAAGGAACACUCCAGGGGCCUAUUCCUCUGUCUGCAUUGAACUCGAAAUCCGGAACCUCGCAAUCAAUACAAUUCUCACUUCAUCUCUGAUCAACGAACUUGAGGGAAGCGAAUCUACUUUGUUGAAUCCUGUUACGCCGAACGAAGCGGGAGCUUCGGACGGAACAGGCGUGUUAUAUUCGGAUACUGCCUUCGCUUCAGCAGGCAUUCUUGUCUUGCGUGACUUGGUGAAGUCUUGGUGGGCGGAGGCCUGUCAAGGAAAUGGAAUGGCUGAUAUCAUGGUCCAACAUUUGAUUCGAUGGGUGGAGAGUUCGGACUCUUUCCUCUAUGACCGGUCACUACAUUACCAUGUGCAAAUGAUGUCUAAGAAGGCAUUUCAACAACUGAUGACUGAUUUCCGACGAGUGGGUUCCCAGAUAAUCUUCGCCAGCCCUAGUCGAUUAUUACUUCAAACUACCAAGGCUGAAGUGGGGAACGCGUACGCUUACAGUCAGUAUAUCCUCAAAUCAAUAAAGGAGAAGCCACUCUUUCAUUUCCUGGAUUUGGAAAUCAAGGAGUACUGGGAUUAUCUUGUUUGGUACGACGAAUUCAAUUUCGGUGGGAAGGGUUGUCAAGAGGUCGUUGAAGCUGAGAACCAAGAACUUGAAACAGUCAUGCAUUGGCAGCUGAGCAAGUUCCUCCCAACACCCUUACAAUCCGUCUUCCUCGAAUGGGUGGUUGAGUACAUUGAACUCAUGCAUGGGCUGAAGCGACCCGCUAUUGAUAGCGGAGGGGCAGACCCUCCUAGAGCCACGCAGCUACCGUUCCAAUCAAUUACUGACCUUGACUCUGGGGAGAUGACUUCAAUACUCACCGAAUCGUUCUCCAAGCCACUAAAGAGGCAAAUUGCAGGGCUCAUACGGCGACAACGUGAUGAGCUCCUUCAUCCUGAACUGGCCUCCGACUAUGUAUUCCCCACACUCCCUGGCGCAUCAUGGCGUGCAACAAAACCCGAACGCAACCCAACACUUGAGUUGGUUAAAUCCCUCAUGCAAGUUCUGAGCCUCUGUAAGACCACUACUCUGGAAACGCGACUCCUUCGGCGCGAACUGCUCGCCCUGUUCGAGGUUAAAGAAUUCAGUGAUGCGGGGAGGUUCGAAAAUCCAAGCGGGAGUCUCAAGAUUCCACAGUUGAUAUGCAAUCAUUGUACCAUGACGCGGGAUUUGGACUUAUGUCGAGAUGGUGAUAUAUUACCCGAGAAUGACGCCGAAAGCAUUAGUGCCGGAAGUAAACCUUGGUGCUGUUUGUCUUGCGGCACCGAAUAUGACCGCCUUUCUUUGGAGGAGCGCCUAAUCGGACAGGUACAGGGCCUUGUCGUGGAAUGGCAAACACAAGACCUGAAAUGCUCGAAAUGCGGGAGCCUCCGAGUGAGCGAAUUCAUGGAGCACUGUUCAUGUAGCGGGAGUUGGAUUGCGACGGUGGACCUGAGUGGGAUCGAAAUGAGGUUGAGUCUUUUCAAGAGCGUAGCCGAAUUUUAUGGGCUAAAGAUGCUGACGACUGUUACGAAUGGCGUUUUGGAGAGGAUGUAG